AUGGCAAUGCCGCAGAAUUCGACUGGACAAAAUGGCUUUUGUUUCGCUCAGACGCUUGACUUCUCCCACCCGUCCCCUCCUCCCAGCAAGGCUGGCCAGACCUUCGACGCCCCGAGGGGGUGGGAGAUGUGCGGCCCCCCACUGAGCAACGGCACCGUGUCCUCUGGCGCGCCCAGCCCCUCCGACUCCUGCGCCGAACCCCUCUGCUCCACCACCCCGGGAGAGGAGGAGACCAAAUACGUGUCAGCCGAAGGGGAGGAACUGGCGUGCGGCUGGGGGGCAUUCACCCCCGGGUGCUUACAGGCCUUUAACACGUCCAAGGGCGUCUUGUUCUUCCUCUGCGUGGCCUCCUUCCUGCAAGGCAUGACGGUGAACGGCUUCAUCAACACGGUCAUCACCUCCAUCGAGCGACGCUUCGACCUCCGCAGCUACCAGAGCGGGCUGAUCGCCAGCUCCUACGACAUCGCGGCGUGCAUCUGCUUGACCUUCGUCAGCUAUUUUGGGGGGAACGGCCACAAACCGCGAUGGCUGGGUUGGGGCGUGCAGGUCAUGGGCUUGGGCUCCCUGCUUUUCAGUUUACCCCACUUCACCACGGGACGGUACGAGGUGCGUUUGGCAGCAGAAGUGGGCAUCUGCGGGGAGAACCAGAGCCUGCCCUGCACCCAGGCUGCCUCCAGCCUCUCCAGCUACAGGUUCGUCUUCAUGCUGGGGCAGUUCCUGCACGGGAUGGGAGCCACGCCACUCUACACGCUCGGCGUCACCUAUUUAGAUGAAAACGUCAAGACUAACUACUCCCCUGUGUACAUUGCUGUUUUCUACACUGCUGCAAUCCUUGGGCCUGCAGCGGGUUAUCUGGUAGGAGGAAUGUUUCUAAAUAUUUAUACUGAAAUUGGCAGAGAGAUCGACAUCUCCCCGGAGAACACGCUGUGGGUGGGAGCGUGGUGGAUUGGCUUCCUCGGGGCUGGAGCAGCCUCCCUCCUCAUCUCCAUCCCCAUCCUGGGGUACCCUCAGCGUCUCCCAGGAUCGCAGCGGUAUAGUGUGAUGAGGGUGUCAGAGGCUCAUCAGCUAAAAGACGGGAGCCACAAAAAAGCAUCGGAUCCGGACUUUGGGAAAACAGUUAAAGAUCUGCCUCGAUCAGUACUGCUGCUUCUGAAGAACCCCACCUUCAUCUUCCUCUGCUUAGCGGGAGCAACCGAAGCCACCCUCAUUGCGGGGAUGUCCACCUUUGGACCCAAGUUCUUGGAGUCUCAGUUUAGUUUAAGUGCCUCUGAAGCUGCUACCUUUUUUGGUUAUCUGGUUGUGCCAGCCGGAGGAGGAGGCACAUUCCUGGGAGGAUUCCUUGUGAAUAAAUUUAAACUCCGCUGUUCAGGAAUCAUCAAAUUGUGUUUAUUUUGCACAUUGUGUAGUCUGCUGGCUAUAUUCAUUUUUUUUAUUCACUGCCCUAACAUGCCGAUGGCAGGAGUAACCCAGAUGUACAAGGGAAGUGCUUUGCCUGGUGGCCACCUAAACCUGACGGCAGCCUGCAACACCGAGUGUGGCUGUCUACAGGAGACCUACAGCCCUGUCUGCGGGAGUGAUGGCAUCAUGUAUUACUCACCUUGCCAUGCCGGGUGCAAAAAUGUGUCUGAAAACCCCAAGACUGGCAAGAAGGUUUAUCACGAGUGUAGCUGCAUUGAGGAAACCCUGUCCAGCUCCGGUGAUGCAGAAGCAGGGAAAUGCACCUCCUCUUGUGAGAAAAAGCCCCUGCUCCUGUCCUUCAUGUUUGUGGUGAUCCUCUUCACCUUCCUGAGCAGUAUUCCUGCCGUCACCGCCACUCUGCGGUGUGUCCCUGACAGUCAAAGGUCAUUUGCACUCGGGAUCCAGUGGAUUGUAGUACGAACACUAGGUGGCAUCCCUGGCCCCAUCGCCUUUGGGUCCAUGAUUGAUAAAUCCUGCCUGCUCUGGCAGGACCAGUGUGGCGAGCAAGGUUCCUGCUACGUUUACCAGAACUCAGCCAUGAGCCGAUACACCUUCAUCGCUGGACUGGUCUACAAGGUGCUUGGAUCAACCUUCUUUAUAAUCGCCUGUUUACUCUACAAACCCCCGCCACCGGAGUCGGCUCCGCGCAGCUCGGACGCGUCUGAAAAUGGCACCUGUGACCUCCAGGAACACAAACCUUCGCUGCCAGCUGAAGAGGAUAUAUAACACCAUAUGCGUGACAGUGACUUUCUCAGUCUGAAAAAUACGAUGAGAAGGCGUUAUGCAGUCCCUAGGGGUUUUUAAAUUACAGUAAUAUUAUCACUUUUUUUAGUUCAAGAUAAACAAUGUAAUUAACCACUGGUGUGCUUGCUAUUUUCUUAACAGCAGAAGCACAUUUAAAAUUGUGCGCUGAUGCCAUAUACAGUUACUCAAUUUUAUUUAAAGAAAGGGCUACCGUAGCUUUAUUCUAUGUCUGUGACAAGUAAGGACCGCAUUCUCCACUCAUGGAAAUAAGCACCGGUAACUCCAAUGGAGCAUGUGGGGUUUAAA